GAUCCUAACGCUCCAAGGCGUAAUGUCUCUGCGUAUUUGCACUUCGCUAGUAAGUAUCGUGACAAACUUCGGGAAGAGCAUCCUGGUAUCCAGUUUGGCGAAAUCGGGAAACUUUUAGGGAAGAAGUGGACCAGUUUUAGUGAUCAGGAGAAGAAACCUUGUGAAGAUAUGGCUGAAGCGGAUAAGAAACGCUAUGAGGCUGAAAAAGAGUGUUAUAAAGGUCCGGGGUUCGCUAAUACGGUGUAUCCCUUAACCCGUUGA